CAGAAUAGUCUCCUUCUCUUAGAAAAAGUUAUUAGUUGGCAACAGUUGGAUCAGAGCAGGCGCGCGUACGCUGUAAACCUCUGGAGUUUAGCAAUGAUGGUUAAAAUACUGCCUCAGCUUCUCAUUUGCUUUUGGAUAACUUUGCCAUUCUGUUUCGCCGAAAAGGCUAAAGAAAGGAGCACCCGGCAAAGAGACGCGGAGUUUACUGACAAGUACCAGCCAUGCGUGCAGGGUGUACCUGGAGUGCAAGGCAGGGAUGGGAACCCGGGGAUAAAUGGCAUUCCAGGAACACCAGGAAUCCCUGGGAGAGAUGGAUUUAAAGGCGAGAAGGGAGAGUGUGUGACAGAAAGGUUUGAUGAUCCCUGGAAACCUAACUUCAAACAGUGUGCUUGGAAUUCAUUAAACUACGGCAUUGAUCUAGGCAAAAUAGCUGAGUGCACAUUCACCAAGCAGCGUCCAGACAGUGCUCUGCGUGUGCUGUUCAGCGGUUCGCUCAGGCUUAAGUGUAAGACGGCCUGCUGUCAGCGCUGGUACUUCACCUUUAAUGGGGCAGAAUGCACUGGACCGUUACCCAUAGAAUCCAUCAUUUACCUGGACCAGGGCAGUCCUGAACUCAACUCCACCAUAAAUAUACACAGGACGUCCACAGUCGAGGGGCUCUGUGAUGGGAUCCAGGCUGGUCUGGUGGAUGUUGGGAUAUGGGUGGGCACUUGUGCCGACUACCCUCGUGGUGACGCAUCUACAGGAUGGAACUCUGUAUCCAGGGUGAUCAUCGAAGAGCUUCCAAAAUGAGCAUCCCUUCUAACUGAUCGCUGUCGCUGUCACCAUGGCAAUAGAAGACAGCGACAUCAUGUUCCUUUCACAGAAAGGACCUUCCUCAUAGAAAUUGGACAAAUUAAAGCUAAUAGUGUUGCUUUGA